UUGUCUCGAGCUUUAGUCGCUUGUGUGUGAUAAAAUCACGUUAGUAAUCAAUUGCAGGCCCAACAGCCCAGACCACAUAGAGCAGCGUAGAGCAGCGCAGAGCAGGCACAGCACCGCACCACAGGCAUCGCAGAGCAGGCACAGCACUCGUCGAUAAGCCACAAGACCCACAAGACACUGUUGAUUGUAUUUGUGUUGCAUCCAGCGGAUCCACGCAACUGUUGCCACCUGUUGCCACCCUUUUUUGUUUCUGUUUUCGUGUUUGUUUGCUGUUUUGGACGAAGCCCAGCCCCCCGCAGGCAUUUGAUCAACGCCGCCAUUUAUAGAGAUACACAUACACAGACAGACGCCCCAGACCCUAGACCAUGAGGCAGCCAAGCAGACAGCAAAUUCUGGCGCUGGCCCUGUGCAGCGCCGUCUGCCUGAUCAGCGCCGUACCCGUGCCCCAGCCCGCCGGCAACCAGGAACUGGACGUACUGCAGAUACCCCUGGCCAAUGGCAAGGAAAUCGAUGUCUUGACAUUGGGCGCCAAAGAUCAAGAACAAUUGAUAGCCGAUCGCAAUAAAAGAACGAUUGGAUUGCUGCGUGAACUGUUUCCGGAUAUAACCAAGAACGGCGCCACCGAUACACAAAUCGAUCUGUCGGCAAUUAACAAACAGCUUGAGGAGACCAUUCGUGUGGCCCGCCAGGUCAAGGAGGCGGAGGCGGCCGCCGCUGCCUCCCAGUCCUCGCCGGUUGCCCAGGCCCCCAUUCCCCUCAAGUCCAACGAACCCAUUCAGCUGAGCUUCAACAACGAGCUGCCCACACUCAGCACAUCCAGUGGCACAUCCUCCUCCUCCUCACCAACUGCCAGCCUCAGUGAUGUGAAGGCAUUGAGCACCAAUGAUCUGCAGCAGUCGGAGUCCAAGUCGCCGGCCAUCGAUGAGCUGACCCUCGACUCGGCUGAGGAGACGGCCGAGCUGGAUGACCGCAACAAGAGUAAUCUGUUCAAAAGGUUCCUUAAUUUCGGCGGUGCGGGUCUGGCCGGUGGAUCCAGCGGCAACGGUGCCGGUGGCUCGCCCAGCGGCAAUAGCCUGGGAGCCGGCGGCUCCGGCAACUUCCUGCUCGAUGUGGUGCGGCUCUUCUCGGGCAGCGUCCAGACCCAGCAGGGCGAUGAGGCCGCCAACUCCGUGGGCGGCGGCGGUGCCAGCAGCAGCGGCCUCGGCGGCGGCAGCCUCGGCUCCGACGACACGGACGGGGACAGCACCCGUAAUGCCGAUGGCUAUACCGAGGGCAUUCCCGGCCCCGUGACGCGCCUGGUCGUGCUGGCCAAUCGUGGUCUGGCCAAUCUGGUGCAGGAUUUGAUUCUGCGCGUGGCCGCCACCAGCGAGAAGUUCGUCAACUUCAAGGCCAAGCUGAUAACGGCGCUGAUCUAAGGCCCGAGCCCUGGCCUUGGCUCCAUCCCAGCACUGGCCACGCCCUCGCCCGAUUUAGUCAAGUCACACUCAACUGUACAGAGUCAAAUACAGCAGAUCACACACUGCCCCCAUCCCCUUCCACGUCCCCUCUGUCUGUCUCUCUCUGUUUCACUCUCUCGACCACCCACAACCACACACACACACACACACUCACGCGCCACUCAUUUGAUACAAAAAAAAAACAACAACAAAAACCUUCUGGCAAUGUACAUUAAUUUUUUUUAAUCUUUUAGCAAAAUUUUCAUAACAAAAUAUAGAAAAGGAAGAGACAUGAAAAAAAAGAAAAGAAAAUACUGAAAAUCAAACGAAUAAAUUUAUUUAUAUUUUAAUAAAAAUGAACAAACAUAAAAAUCAACAAAAAACAAGAAACACAUAACUAUAUGAAUAUGAAUAUGAAUAUUCUAUAUAACAUAUACAUAUAUCUAUAGAAACGCCUGAAUCUGAAUCGGAAUACUUCAGGCCACGCCUAGUGCUGUCUUCUGUCUUUCUUCGGCUUUUGUAAAUAUAUUGCCAUUUGCAAGUUUUCACAUCCUCCCCCCUUGAGCUUUUCCUUAAUUUGUACUCCCCCAUCGUCCACUCCACGCUACAAUUUUUGUGUAUAUUUUGUGUUCUAUUAAAAAUCAUGACUGUGGUGUUUUAUUUA